CUGGGUGAGAACGGCGUGUCCGUGCGGGAACACGCGUGGGACCCGCCGGUGUGCACGGGUCGCUCCACAGCCCAGCCCGGAGCACGCCCCUGUUGCACAAGCCCCCCCCGUUGCACUCUCGUGUCCCCGUGCACCCCCCUGUUGCACACCCGUGUCCCCGUGCACCCCCCCCCGUUGCACACUCGUGUCCCUGCACACCCCACGCCCCCCCCAUUGCACACAUGGACCCAUUUGCACACGCAGACAUUGCACACCCAGGUCCCCGCACCCACUCCCCCCGGUUGCACGGGGGGCGGGCACCAACACCCCCUACGUCCCCCCCGCCUUGCACAGGCUCCGCUCGCCCCCCACGCCCCCCGUGGAGCGGCCGGUUCCUCCCCAGGGGCCGGGCUCUCGCUGCCGCCGGCCCCGGGGGGUCGGGCCGGUUCCCCGGGGGGCGGCCAGGACUGGGCAGCACCAGCCGCGCCGGGGGGGCGCUGGGACAGCCCUCCCCCCGCCGCCAGCCCGCCCCCCCGAUCCUCCCGCAGCUCCGGGCAGCCCCGCGGGGAGGGGAAUUAACUUUCCUCCUCCUCCCGUUCCUCCGCCGCCGUCAGUCCUUCCCGUCCCCGGCCUCUCCCGCGUCCGCCGGCCCGGGGGGUCCUUCCCCGCCCGGGCUCCGCGUUCCCGGAGGGGCUUUUCCAGGGUCCCCUCGCCAUCCCGGGCUCCUUUCCCUCAGCCCGGGCGCUCCCUGCUCCGUGUUCCUUGCCCCGUUCCCGCGUCCCCGGAUCUUCUUCUUCAUCCCCGAAUCCCCUUCUCCAUCCCGGGAUCUUCUUCUCCAUCCCCAGAUCCCCCUUCUCCACUCUCUAUCCCGGGGCUUCUUUCCCAUCUCUCCAUCCCAGAACUCCCACCUCCAUCCCAGACCCCCCAUCUCCAUCCCGGGUUCCCCAUCUCCAUCCCAGAACCCCCAUCUCCAUCCCGGGUUCCCCGUCCCAGAACCCCCAUCUCCAUCCCGGGUUCCCCAUCUCCAUCCCAGGUUCUCCAUCUCCAUCCCGGGUUCCCCUUCUCCAUCCCAGGUUCUCCAUCUCCAUCCCCGGUUCCCCAUCUCCAUCCCGGGUUCCCUCCCUCCAUCCCAGACCCGCCUCUCCAUCCCCGGCUCCCCCUCUCCCUCCGCAUCCCCUUGCCCCCCAUCCCUUCCCCUAAGACACCCCCUUCCCCGGGGGCUCCCUCCGUUCCCCCGGCAUGGCUCUGGCGGCGGGGCCGUGGCCGGAGCCGCCGCCUCCCCCUCCUCCUCCUCCCGCCCCCGCGGUGCCGGAGGCGGCGGGGAAGGCUGCGGGGGACUGCCUGGUGUGCGGGGACAAGGCGAGCGGCAAACACUACGGGCAGUUCACCUGCGAGGGCUGCAAGAGCUUCUUCAAGCGCUCCGUGCGGCGCAACCUGUCGUACAGCUGCCGGGGGGGCCGCGACUGCCCCGUGGACCAGCCCCACCGCAACCAGUGCCAGUACUGCCGGCUGCGCAAGUGCCUCCGCGUGGGGAUGCGCAGGGAAGCCGUGCAGCGUGGCCGCAUGGCCCCCCCGCCGAGCGGCCAGCACCCCCUGCUCCCGGGGGACCCGUACGGCGGCCACGGCUACCUGAGCGGCUUCAUCUCCCUGCUGCUCCGCGCCGAGCCGUACCCGCCGGCGCGCUACGGCGCGCUGCAGCCCGGCGGCGUGCUGGGCGUCGAGGGCGUCUGCGAGCUGGCCGCCCGGCUCCUGUUCAGCGCCGUCGAAUGGGCCAAGGGCGUCCCCUUCUUCCCGGAGCUGCCGCUGGCCGACCAGGCGGCGCUGCUGCGGGGCGGCUGGAGCGAGCUGUUCGCGCUGAACGCGGCGCAGGCGGCGCUGCCGGUGCACGCUGGGCCCUUGCUGGCGGCCGCCGGGCUGCACGCGGCACCGGGCGCGGGCGCCGAGCGGGUGGUGGCCGCCAUGGAGCAGGCGCGGCUGUUCCAGGAGCAGGUGGAGAAGCUGCGGGCGCUGCGCGUCGACGCCGCCGAGUUCGCCUGCCUCAAGGCCCUGGCGCUGUUCUCACCCGACGCGGCGGGGCUGCAGGAGCCGGCGCGCGUGGCGGGGCUGCAGGAGCGGGCGCAGUGCGCGCUGGAGGAGCACGAGCGGCGGCAGCACCCGGCGCAGCCCGCGCGCUUCGGCCGCCUCCUGCUGCGCCUGCCCGGCCUGCGCGGCCUCUCGGCGCCCGGCAUCCAGCAGCUCUUCUUCAGCCGCCUGGUGGGCAAGACCCCCAUGGAGACCCUGGUCCGCGACAUGCUGCUGGCCGGGGCCGCCCUCGCCUGGCCCUACGGCCCCGUGCAGUGACCCCCGGCACGGGACGGGGACCCCCAGCAGGGGGACGCGCGGGAAGGGACCCCAAGGAUGAGGCCCUAAGGAUGGGACCACAAGGAUGGGACCACAAGGGUGGGACCACAAGGGUGGGACCUCAUGGUUGGACACCCCAAGGAGGGGAACCCAAAGGUGGGACCCCAAGGAGGGGAACCCAAAGAUGGGGAUCCCAAGGUUGGGGACCCAAAGAUGGGGAUCCCAAAGUGGGACCUCAUGGUUGGAGACCCCAAGGAGGGGAACACAAAGGUGGGACCCCAAGGUUGGGGACUCAAAGAUGGGGAUCCCAAAGGUGGGACCCCAAGGUUGGGGACCCAAAGAUGGGGAUCCCAAAGGUGGGACCUCAUGGUUGGAGACCCCCAAGGAGGGGACCCCAAAGGUGGGGAACCAACAGAUGGGACCCCAAAGAUGGGGAUCCCAAAAAUGGGGAUCCAAAAGGUGGGACCUCAUGGUUGGAGACCCCAAGGAAGGGACCCAAAGAUGGGACCCCAAGGUUGGGGACCCAACAAAAGGGACCCCAAAGGUGGGAUUCCCAAGGACGGGACCUCAUGGUUGGAGACCCCAAGGAGGGAACCCCAAAGGUGGGGGAACCGAUGGAUGGAACCCCAAACGUGGGACCCCAAGGUUGGGGAUCCUGCAAGUGGGACCCCAAGGAUGGAGCCGGCGCCAGGGAUGCUGCCGGGGACUUCCCCCAUUUACGGCAGAAAAGCAGGUUUUUGGGGUAACCCCAGGAGCGCCGGGGCACAGCUGUUCAUGGAGAAGCCAAAGCCUGUCUUGUGUCCCGCUCCGGGGCACCAGAACGGCUGCUAUUGCUCAUUUCCUUACCGGUUCCCGGUCCCCUGCGCCCCCGCCCUCACGGGUUACGGGGCCACUUUGUUAAUUUGAAUUUAUCUCAUUAAAAAUAUAGAAUUCUACAAAUUCAA